UGCUGUGGUCCGUCUUUUCGUCUUGUUCAUCUGCGCCAAGUGUAGACGUCAUUGUUCAUCACAUGAAUCCGCUGACUGUCGGCUUUCCACUUACAGCUCUGCGACUUGAGCUUCUUGACGGCUAAUUGCCCAGUUCAAAAGAACCCCAAUUUGAAGCGUCGGUGAAAGCUGUCAGUUAUACGUGGUAGUGACAGCCCGCGAACAUAUCACAAAUAUGAGUCCUCACGCCGAAAUGUCAUCGAGCACGUCCGAAGGGCCAGCCCCAGCCGUCCAACGAGCUUUCAACGGUUUUUUGACCGAGAACCUUAAUGAAAGCCAUCUUCCCACGAUUGAGAACCGAUCACACCUCCGAUACACUGCAGAAGAUGAACUGCACGACCUCAUAUGUGUCGGUUUUGGCCCAGCGUCACUAGCCAUUGGUGUGGCUCUGCAUGAUGCUUUGGAUGGGACUGAUCCUUCCCUAGUGGAUGUUGCUGGCCUCCAAAGCAGACCACCAAAAGUCGCGUUUCUCGAGAAGCAAUCGCAAUUCGCGUGGCACGCUGGCAUGCUUCUACCGGGCGCGAAGAUGCAGAUUACUUUCAUGAAAGACAUGGCCACCAUGCGAAACCCGAGAAGUGAAUUCACCUUCAUCAACUAUCUGCACCAGAGGGAGCGUUUAGUCGAGUUUGCAAAUCUGAACACUUUCCUACCAGCUCGUGUGGAGUACGAGGACUAUAUGAAGUGGUGCGCUAGCUGGUUCGAAGAGGUGGUAGCAUACAGCCAAGAAGUCAUCAAGGUCAUGCCCGAGAAGUCGCCAAAUGGCGAGAUAACCACGUUCACCGUCGUCUCGCGCAAUACCCUGACAGGACGCAUCGAGUCGCGGAGAACCAAGCAUGUUGUCAUCGCUGCGGGUGGCAGACCCAACAUUCCUGCGCCAUUCCCGACAAACCAUCCCAAGGUUGUCCACUCGUCAAAGUUUUCAUAUAUCUCAAAGGAGAUCUUGAAGGAUCACAGCGCACCUUACAGUGUGGCGGUAGUCGGAAAUGGCCAGAGUGCCGCUGAGAUCUUCGACUUCCUACACGCAAACUACCCCAACUCGCGAACACGAAUGCUGAUCAAGGGAGGAGCACUAAGACCAAGCGACGACUCGCCAUUUGUCAAUGAAAUCUUCAACCCGUCGCGAACAGACUGUACAUACGCGCGCGCCCCUAAGCUUCGCGCAACCACGCUGCUCGAAGACAAGGGCACGAACUACGGCGUCGUCCGCCUUCCGCUUCUCGAACACAUCUACGAGACGCUGUACCUACAGCGCAUUCGUCAUGGAAACUCGCCUGCCGAGGAAGAGAACUGGCCGCACCGAAUCAUGCCAUACCGUCGCGUCAUUGAUGUGACUGACUCCCCAGUCCGACAGGGCGGCGUACGUCUUCAGGUGCAAGACACUAGUCCAUUGUAUUUCUCGGAGUGUGCAGGUGCCCAAGAAAGGCAGGAAACACUGGAUGUUGAUGCCGUCUUUGUAGCGACAGGAUACCACAGAGACCUUCACGAGACACUACUCAAAGAUGCAAGGCACCUCAUGCCUGGUGGAGAGCUAGAGGGUACCAAGUGGCAGGUGCAGAGGGAUUACAAGAUCAACUUCACUGAGAAGAGUGUUGGUGACGAUGCCGGUGUUUGGCUGCAGGGCUGCUGUGAGACUACGCAUGGUGUAAGUACUGCCUGGGCAUGUUUGUGAAGAGGAAGAUGUGCUAAUCAUGGUGACAGUUGAGCGAUACCCUUCUUUCGGUGCUUGCGACGCGUGGAGGUGAGAUGGUGAGGAGCAUCUUCGAAAAGCCUGCUACGUGGGACAACGGCGAUGUGUUGGGCGGGUAUGAGAUGCGCGAGUAAUGGAUGGUUCGUCGGUAGA